AGUGUGCGCGGGGCCGGGGCCGCGCUGAGAGAGCCCCCGGUGCCGCCAUGACCAACGUGUACUCGCUGGACGGGCUGCUGGUGUUCGGGCUGCUGUUGGUGUGCACCUGCGCCUACCUGAGGAAGGUGCCGCGCCUGAGGGCCUGGCUGCUGUCCGAGAAGCGCGGCCUGUGGGGCGUCGGCUACAAAGCUGCCGUCAUUGGCACACGGCUGCACGUGCCCGUGGCCAUCUCCUGCGUGCUGAUGGCCUUCUACGUCCUCGUGGUGAAGUGACCCUGCCAGGACGCUGUGGCAGCCGCUGCAGCCCGACUCUGAGUCCGCCUCGUCCCUGUGCCCGGUGUGGGGCAGCACCAGGCGUCACCAUGCAGCGUUACUUGUCAAGGGGCUCGGCACCACCGGGAGAAGGGAAGAUCCCAGUGACCGCCGGCCCCCUCCCCAUGGCCAAGGGGUCCUGGGGGCUGGGCCGGCAGCGAAGGACCCUUCCGCAUGUGCGGGGCCGCAUUUUGGUGCCCCGGUGGCCGAGCGGCGGGGCUCGUCGUGCCAAUAAACGCGCUCUGUCCACCGCCA